CAUGAAUUUUUACGGACCUUGUCUAUCUCUGGCAGAGUUGGAGCAGACAUAGUCGUACCUAGAUCCUGCAUGUCGGUUACGUAGAAAGCUUCUAGAAUUCAAGUGCUGAAUACUCUGCUGCUUCACGUUGUUGAAGUCGUCAUUGUUGCUGCCGUUUGCAUGACCCACAUUAUUGACAUUAUUGAUGUGUAGUCAAUCCUCUGCUUUGCCGGCCAGCAUGUUUGACAUCUGAGGGAAUGGUAUGGAAUCGGACCCCUACUGUAUGGCAAUGACAUGUCUUGGACGAUAAGGACGUAUAUCUCAAAGGUGGGGGUCGAAAGUUGUAGUUCUCUCAUACAGAUGCCGAACUCCGAAGCUUGAUGAAUAUCCCGCCUCGAUCGCAUUCUCAUACUCCUCGGUUCAAGAGAGUGUUACGAUUGAUUCAUAUUAAUACCAAUCCGAACUCGAUAUGCCAUCCAGUCGUCAAGCGGUCUGGGCACCCAAAGCUCCCAAGCCCAACGGAAACUAUAGCCAUGUCGUCAAGGCAAAGAACGGUAUGGUCUACCUGGCUGGCUGGAUGGGAGACGAUCCAGAGACCGGAAAAAUUGUGUCUGGUGGGAUUGCAGCACAAACGGAACGUGCUAUCUUGAAUAUUCAGGCCUGCUUGGAGGCGUGUGGAUUGACACUGGACAACAUCCUUACUAGGAGAGUGUAUAUCAUUCCGAUGCAGGAGUAUAGAGAUGUCAUGGCAGUCUGGGACAGGUACUUCGAAUCACCAUAUCCAGUCUCUACACUCAUUGGUGUGACAUCACUUGCGAAGGAAGGCGCUUUAGUCGAGAUCGAGGUUGUUGCCGAACGAUAGAUCUUUCUGCACCAUCGGCCCCUUUAUAAGUUCCUGAAAAUCGAGAACGAAACAUGACUGGCACUCGAAAGAUGCUGUGCGGAGUUUGAAACGAAGAACGAAUAGAC